AUGGAAAUUGUCUGGAAGGAAACACAAGAUUCAAAAGAUAGAAUACAAAAGAAGAGGAGCAGAGAUGAUGAUACUCGUAGUGGACAGAAUUCUAGUAGGACAGCAAAAUCUCAUAAUAGGACUGGGCAAUUAGAAAAGCAGGGAUCUUAUGGAGAGACUAUUCAACAAAACCAGUCUAAAUGUGAAGCAUGUGGUGGUGCCCAUAAGACAGAACUCUGUAGACGAUUAUCUGGCGCAUGUUUCAGAUGUGGCCAACAGGGUCAUAAGAUAGCAGAGUGCCCUCACAAUCGGCAAGUAUCACAAUCAGAUCAGAGGCCUCAAGCUACAAGGAUCCAGCAAGUGCAAGGUUCUCCUACUCCGGUUCAGUUUGCUCAGCCUUAUUCUCCUAAGCAGCAGAUAGGAGGGAGACCGCACACACAGGGUCGUAUUUAUGUACUGACUCAGCAGGAUGCUCAGGCAUCCAAUACUGUGGUGUCAGGUACACUACUGGUUGCUUCUGUUUAUGCUUAUAUACUGUUUGAUUCUAGUGCUGCACAUUCAUUGUGA